AUGUCUUCGUCUCCGUCGGCGGACAGCUCUGCCCCGCACCUCCGCAAGCCCCUUGCCACUAGCAAGGGCGCGGGCGGCGACAUGUCCAUGAUGUUCUUCGCCCAGCCCGACUGCCCCGCGAGGUUUGCCCACCAAGACGAGCACCGCAUCAGGGGCCUUAACGCCGAGGCCAUCGCCCGAGUCCUCCUGCCGGUGCCCUCGUGGCUGCUAGAGUCGGAGUAUGCACCCCUCCGGGCCGAGGGCGACGAUCUAGGGCCCUCCCUCUUCUUUAGUCUAAACCUCUCCAUCUACGGCCAGCCGGUCGUCGAUACCGACUGGUCCGAGCAGUGGUUCUUUAUGAGCGGCCGCGUUCACCCCUACGCCCUCUCCUGGGAGGUGGAGCGCCGCGACGGCCUCGAGGCCGGCCCGGACGAUGCUAUUCUCACACCGUGCCCGCCCUUAUCGUCCGCGACCAAGGUUACCAGCCCGUCCUGCCGCGCUCCUUGGCCUCUAGCGGCCACCGGGCCCGGCCUCGACCUCCUGCGUCGAGACUUCCUGCCCGGUCUCGGGCCCGACCAGCUCCGCUGCUGCGGCUUCGUCCGGCUCACGACCUACAUCGCCCCUGGCCUGCCGGACAGGAUUCCAUUCAAGGGCUACCACCCCUUCGAGGUCUUUGUUAUCUUUCCCGUCUACGUUAACCCUUGGGCCGUGCUAUGCAAGAAAAUCGCCGAAAAGUCUAACUCUUCCUUCCUGCCCGGCGUCCCCUUUACCUGCACCGGAAAGGUCGUCGGCCUUCUCGACCACCGCGUUAUGCUCUCCCCCCCGGGCUCGGAGCGCGAUUACGUCUUUAUCAUCGUCCCGGACAGCUGGACCUUUGUCGAUAGGCCCUCGGCCGCCGCCGCCGCCUCGGCUUCCCCUCGCUACGCCCCUUAG